AUGGGCAUCAUUCUGACUUUAGUGGAGCCAGUGGUGGUCAUCAAUAAACUGGGAACCUCUUUCUUCGAGAUGGCUCUCACACAGACCAUAUACAACCACUCUCUGAAGACAACAGCUGGAGACAGUGAUCGAGCACAGACGUUAUCCUCACGCUUCCUUCUUAUUCAGAGUGUAGUGUCCUCUGUGGCAGCUAUGCUGUCCAUCAUACCUCUGAGCCGUAUCGCUGACCAUCACGGACCUAAAGUCUUUGUGGUGGCCUCUCAGAUGGGUUCUGUUUUGGGCAUGUUUAUGCUUCUCAUCUUCAUGUACAGUGAGGUUCCUUUAGAGUUUCUGUACUUGGGUUCUUUGUUGCACGGUCUAAGUGGGGGUGGGCCGAUGUUCUGGGCCGGGGUGGCCGCUCUGGCCUCCCUGAGCUCGGAGAAAGGCAAGCGCACUCUUAAACUAAACAUCGUGGACUUUUGUUUUGGAGUUGCAGGGGUCGUGGGAGGUCUCCUGUCUGGAUAUCUCUAUCAGAUAGGACCUUCGGUUCUCCUCUCUAUUGCAAUUCUGGUCAGUGUGGUGGCACUGCUGUACUCCGUGUUUCUUCUAUCUGACGUGAGAUGUUCUGAAUCUGAGAGUGAGCCGUUGUUACCAGAAUUUGAGAGUGUGAACAGGAUGGACAAGAUCUCUGUAGGGAUACUGAUGGUUGCCAUGAUGGUUUUCAUGGUGGGCAUGGUUGGGGCAGAAAACGUGCUUCAGCUGUAUGUGUUGAAGCCUCCUCUGAGCUGGAACCCAGUGUGGGCAGGAUACGGCAGGGCUGCCACUAGUGCCAUGUACCUCAGUAGCUUCCUAGGAGUCCUGAUUCUGUUUAAUGUGUUAGGAGACACGGCGCUCACUCUUGUGGGCAUUGUAUCCAACUGUGCUGGGAUGGCUAUUAUGGCAUUUGCCAUUGAAAGUUGGGUCUACUUCUUGGGGCGAGUUUUCGGGCUGCUCCAGUUGGUUCUGGCUGUGACUGAACUUUUGUCUAAUGUCUUCUUCACCUCCAUCUACCCGCUGACUCUCAGCUGGUUCGCUGGAUUCUGCUUUCUCCUCUCCAGUGGCAUUAGCUACAUGAGUACUGUUCCAAUCCUGUGA